ACAAAAUAUCAAAGGACUAUAAAGCAAGAAUACAAAGCAUGAGUGAGAUUUAAUCUUACUCCAGUGUUUUGAGGCAAGGAUGAUGGGGGGAAAGUGGCAGGACAGGCUGAAGUCUUUGGAGCAGAGAGCCUCAUCCUUUCAGUCAUCUCCUCUGUGCAGUCCAUACAAGCCACGUCUGUCCCGGCCAUGGCAGCCCUCCUCUGUCUGGAGACUCUUCCCACGCCAGAACGCAGCCAUCGGCUUCAUUCAGCACAUAAAACAGGACGUGCACAUAUUUUCACUUGAGAAGGAAGGCAGUGAUGCUGGACAGAGGAUUUUCCUAGUGACCAGCUACAGUGAACUUUGGCAUUAUUACAGCACUCACAGACAGUCUCUGAUGCACUGCUAUGAGGUCAUUCUGGAAGGAGCCGUCUGCAAACUCUACUUUGACUUAGAGUUUCACAAAGGCACCAACACGCACCUGGACGGCAAGAUUAUGGUGGCAAAAUUAAUUCAGUAUGUGUGUGAGAAGCUAGAGGAGGUUUAUAGUCUACGCUGCUCUGCAAAAGACGUCCUUAAUCUUGACUCCAGCACCUCUGAGAAGUUUAGUCGCCAUCUUAUCUUCAUGCUUCCCAGUGCUGCCUUCAAAGACAACUCCCAUGUUGGGCGAUUUAUUCAUGAUAUCCUACAUCCUGCUAGAAACAGCCUUCAAAAAAGCAAUCCAGAUGCACCAGAGACCAGAGAUGAUGUGGAUGGUUCUCAGACCAAGAGAAGAAAGUUUGAAGAGAAUGAUCUUGGCUUUCUAGUAGUCAAGAGCAAAAACGAGCAGGAACAACUUUUUGUUGAUCUGGGCGUCUACACCAAGAACAGGAACUUUCGCCUCUACAAGUCCUCCAAACUGGGAAAGAAUGCAGCCUUCAGUGUGGCAGAAGACAACAAGUUUGUCCCAAAGCCCUCCAACCACACCACUAAAGAAGAACGCAUAUUUCUAGAUUCUUUAAUCACCAACAUCAGUUUCACAGGACAGAGGAUUUUGACGUAUGAUAUACCACAGAAGAAUACUGCAGGGUCUCUGUGUUCAACCCUGCAAAGACAGUCACACAGCUCUGAUCUGUUAGGUGAACAGAAGCCGUCUCCUUUUAAAGAGGUGGAUGAAUUUGUGCUGACACUCGUGUGCAAGGAUGGCAUUCAAGGAAGUAUCCGGCGAUGGAACUACUUUGCAUCUGAACAGCUGCUGGUUUAUGACAUUGAGAAAUUCCGCUGGUGCCACAAUGUGAAGCGCUUCCACAAGAGCAACAACAUCAUAAUUGUGGUGGAUCUCAAAGAAGAAGUGUGGUAUCAGAGAUGCCAUGACCCUGACUGCAGGAGACAGAACUUCAGAUCCUCCAGCUUCCCACUGCCUCAGGAGGUCUGCAUGAGCCACCUACUGAUGAAGGAUGAAGAGGAUCAGCAAUAUUUGACGGAUGAACUGGGGAACAUUGAGCUUGCCAAGAGCUCUGUACCCAUGAAUGCUUCAGCAGAGUCCUCCUCGGCUGCCCGGUCUGAGAACACUGAGGAUUGGGGAGAGUGGCCUGAUGACCCUGCUUAUCUAGAAGCUUUGCAGGAAGUAGAAAGGACCACUGAAGAGGUACCUGAUGAGCUUCUGCUCCAGGCAGUGACUGAGUGUGAAUGACACCAUUAUUAACUUACUAUAGUGCAAUACAUGAAUUUCUUUCUUUCUAUACAUUCAUUUGUAAAAUAUGUGUUUAAACUCUGUUUCCGUACAAAAUGUUCAAUACAAAGUUAAAUACAAA